UCAGAAGUUCGAUAGAAAAGGUUGAGCUCCGUGUGGUUCCAGAACAUAUUUUCAAAGUUUGUAAAAGUGUUAAGCUUGAAGGAAAUCAGUAUUGGCACAAGGACUUUAAUUAAACUAUACUUAGAUUUUUAUCAAAAUACUCAUGAUAACAAUGAAAAUCAAAUUGGUUUGCUGCACAAUCCAUUUCCUGUCUUAAUUAAGGAAAAAACCCAUCCGACUAGCACGUAAUCGAGGACCUAAGCAACUCGAAAUUGAAUCAUAUCUGGAAUUUUGUAGGCGCCAAUUGAAAAUAAGAUCACAAAAUCGAUAAAUCAACUCACUGCCAAGAUGACAUCAACUCAUUUCGUGCGCACCAAGACCGGCAGCGAUGGCAUGGCAUAUCAACGGAAGAUUGGCUUAAAACUUGCACUGACCGCAACCCAGCAAAAGAGAAACUUCAAGAUGGCUACCGAAAUGACCAUUGUCGGUAAGUUCGAUGAUGUAGUCAUCUAUCUGGAAGAUACCGGAGAAUGGUGGCUGAUCCAAGCGAAACACACAAAAAAUCCUGGUGAAUUGACUUCCGAAAUGCUUUUUGGAGAUGAUAAGGGAGAUUUCGCGUUGAUAAAGUAUUUAGAAUCGUACUGUAACGUUCAAGAUGAUUGGCCAUAUGAAGAAAAGCGGAAGUGGUUUAUUGUAUCAACAAACCGAAAAAUACACGACUCAUUAAAAGGGCAAAUAAGUAAAGACAAUAAUUUGGAUAAUCUGUUAAGUUUCGACACAUGUACAGAGCAUUUCAAGCUUGAACCAAACACAGAACAACUCAACGCACUUUCAAAAAAGGCCAAUCAAAACUUUGAUAUGUUUUGUUCCAAAUUGAAAGAUAAUCUUCAAAGCAGUGAUUUGAAAAAUAAAUGUAAGUUUCUUUUAGAGCACAAAACUCCGUUAAAACAAUUGUUCCUCAAAUCGGAAAAGCAGUUAAAUCUCAAAGAUGAAAUUCCAACACAAGACUUCAAUCUUAGAACACGUAAACUGUUCGAGUAUCUAAAACAAAACAAUUGCACAACGGUGUUUGUUGACGAAAAAACGCUAAACGAUUUUUUCAAAGGUGAAUCACGCAAACAACACAUUCCUCCUUUUGUUGAUGAAACAAUUUUCAAUAAUUUUAUCAAUGAUUUAAUUUUAUCGGUCUCACAACCGAACGAUGCAGAAAUGUCAAAAAUACUGCAAAAGGAAAUGCGCGUUUGGAUGCGAAACUUCAUUCCACCGGAUGAUUUUGGGAAGCUCCCAUCGAGUGUUGUUAUCGAUUCUUAUAAAUCGAUAGAGGAAAAAUUUAAUGCAUGGGACAAUGUUACACAAAAUGCAAACUUUCUAAAUCUUGAAGAGACACAAAAAUGGUUGGACAGCAUUCAAAUUGAAAUCAAUAGUUUGGUCAAUCAACUUUCGAAGCGAUCAUGUUCAAGUUUAAAAGAAAUGCAAAGGUAUUACAUUAAUCGUAGAUUAUCGUAUUCAUCAAAGCAUUCCGAUAGUUCAACAUUAAAACAAAUUCAAUUCGACGAUCUGAAAGACCAUCAUUUUAUCGAUCAACUUUAUGAUAAAUUUAAAGAUCAAAAAUGUUUUCUUCUAGUCGCAGAGCCUGGCAUGGGUAAAAGUACUCUUUGGCAAUAUUUAGCUUUUGAAGCGCAGAAAAAGUGCCCAGAAAAUUUUGUUUUUUUAUUUUACAUGAAUAACAUUUUCGCGAACAACCAGGAAAUACAAACGAUUGAGCACGCUCUUAAGAUUUUUGAUGGUCAUUGUUUUGAAGAAAGUUGUAAAGUAUUCAAUAACGAUGCAAAUGAAAUUAUAUUGUUUUUGGAUGCCUUUGAUGAAACCGAAUCAAAUAAUAUAGACAUGGCACUGAAGAGCAUCAAGGUUUUGAUGGAACGACAAAACACUAAAAUUCUAAUAAGCAGCAGGAAGAAGGAACAACAAAAGCUAGAAAAGUUGCUUAAGAUAAAAGCAAUGUCAAUAAAACCGCUAAACUAUGAUGACCAGUUCAAUUUUCUUAAGAAGUUUUGGAACAUUCAAGAUCCAAUUUCUGAUGAAAAUAAAAUAAGGUUGGAGAAGGUGUUGGAACCGUUUUACAAAAAAACUCUUAAUAAGAAAUCUGUUUUUCUGGGAAUACCACUUCUCUUGAAAAUGUUGGCUGAAAUUUGUUCCGACUCUAAGAAAAAUUAUACUAUUUCUUUGCCAGAUUUUGAAAAAGUUAGCAAAAACUCUUUAACAAUUGCAGAUAUUUAUGAUAAAUUUAUAACAAAAAGUUUGCACUUGACGUACAACAAAGUGAACAACAAACCAUCCGACACAGAAAUUCCUCGAAAGAUUCAUGGUUUAAUAACCGAGUGGAAAAUUGAACACCAACUAAUUGCAUUGAAAGAAUGGCUGCCAUUAGAAUUAUGUAUUCUUCUUUAUGGAGAAAAUUAUGACUCAAAGGUACAUAAAAUCAUAGAAACAAUUGUUGACGCAAGUGAAGAAUCUCUUAUUAUCGAAGUUUAUGACAAAUAUCCACGAUUUAUUCACCAAUCGUACAGUGAAUUUUUAGUUGCCGACUAUCUCAAAGAGUUUGUGAAACGUGGAGAUGAAAAUGGGCAAAAAGAAAUCAUAAAUAUUUUUCACGAACAAGAUGUUAUUCGUAUGUUUUUUUUCGAAAUGGUAAAUAGUGAAAACAACGAAAGGCUUUUAGAAUUUAUUCGCUCCAUCGGCGAAAUAGCUGCUUUUUGGGCAUGUGAAAUCAAUUGUAAAAAAAUAGUUGAACAUUUGCAACAAUUCUACGACUACAAAACGAUUCGCUACGAUUAUGAUAGGGAGUCAUUGCUCCACGUUGCAGUUCGUUCUAAUGCAUACCAAACAUUAGAGUAUUUGUUGUCACUGUCUACAAAUUCGAACGUUAUUGCUGAUGAAAGUGAUUCUUCAACUCACCAAGCUGCUGAAAAAAUGUUGGAUGUCAAUGUUCGCAACAAAUAUGGGCACACUCCUCUUCUUGUAGCUCAAGGAAAUGAUUUGGAAAUAUUAAAACUACUCAUAUCUAAGGGUGCAGACAUCGAAUCAGUUGAUGGAGAUGAAAAUAAAAUUUUACACAAUGCUGCUCUAUGGGGUUCAAAUGAAGUGAUUGAAUAUUUGAUUGAACUUGAAAUGGACAUAAACGCUCAAAAUUCCAGUGGAGAAACUGCCCUGGAUUUAGCAGCUGGACUUAACAAAAUUGAAACAGUCAAAUUACUUAUCUCAAAAGAAGCAAACAUCGCAUCAGUUGAUGGAAAUGAAAAUACAAUUUUACACAAUGCUGCGCGUUUGGGUGCAUAUGAAGUGAUUGAAUAUUUAAUUGAACUAAAUAUGGACCUUGAAGCUAAAAAUUCGGAUGGAGAAACUGUCCUGCAUCGAGCAGCUCAGGGUAACAAAAUAGAAACAGUCAAAUUUCUCAUCUCAAAAGGUGCAAACAUCGAAUCAGUUGAUAAUUCUAAAAAUACAAUUUUACACAUUGCUGCUAAAUGGGGUGCAAAUGAAGUGAUUGAAUAUCUCAUUGAACUAAAAAUGGACAUUGAAGCUAAAAAUUCCAGAGGAGAAACUGCCCUGCAUCGAGCAGCUCAGGGUAACGAAAUAGAAACAGUCAAAUUUCUCAUCUCAAAAGGUGCAAACAUCGAAUCAGUUGAUGGAGAUGAAAAUACAAUUUUACACAAUGCUGCUCGAUGGCGUUCAAAUAAAGUGAUUGAAUAUUUGAUUGAACUUGAAAUGGACAUAUACGCUCAAAAUUCCAGAGGAGAAACUGCCCUGUAUCUAGCAACUGAACGUAACAAAAUUUAAACAGUCAAAUUACUCAUUUCAAAAGAUGCAAACAUCGAAUCAGUAGAUGGAGAUGAAAAUACAAUUUUACACGUAGCUGCUUUAGGCGGUGCAAAUGAAGUGAUUGAAUAUUUAAUUGAACUAUAAAUUGACAUUGAAGCUAAAAAUUCCAGAGGAGAAACUGCCCUGCAUCUUGCUGCUAAAGUGCUUGGUACAGUUAAGUUACUGAUGUCAAAUGGUGCCAAUAUUUGGCAAGUUGACAACACAAAUAACACCAUUUUUCACAUUGCUGCUCGUUUCAAGUUAAAAAAAAUACUUAAAUAUCUAAUUGAUCAAACAGUGUUUGAUGAUCGGAAUCCUAUUCACAGAGAAGCAUUAAAUAUUGCUACCAGUGCUUUAGAAGCAGAGUCGGAGUGGGAGACACUGUCGGAGUCGGAGUCGGAUCACAGUUAAAAGAAAGGAUUUUAUUGUUUCAAAAGUGUAUUACUGGAAUACUGGAUUAUGUUAUACUUAUACAGCAAUUCCCCACGAAAACAGCACGGCCGUAUAGGGCA